GUCCUUGAGAUUCAUUCCAUUGUCUUUCACCAAAGGUAGGACUAAUUUGGUCUUCUCUCUUUCGAGCCUGGAGAGCGCCAACUCGAUCGUCUGGUUGGCAGAUGAUGGUGGGACGAGGAAUUCGAAUAGAAAUCCAUCGGCGAUGCUCAACCACGGCCAUGGGAUUCACUUCUCUGAGAAGAGAGCUGAAAGUCCAUCCGAUCUCCCGUAGGACAAAUCUCCCGUCGACUUUGCCAUAUUUUCACCAGAAACGAUGAUCGGUAAUCUCCCCUGCGCCUAUCCCAAUAUUACUCUACUUAUGGAAGACGUUAGCAGACAUGACUAAAAGUGAAAUAAAAAAAUCAAAAUUGAAAACAGAAAAGGUUAAAAAUGAAAAGGAAAAACAGUUGAGCCAUAAAUGAUAUAAUGACACCACACCCGUAAUUAGCACUAUAAUUUUCCGGUUUGAAUAGGUCCAUUUUAUCAAUUCGGCUCCGAUCUGGGUUGAACGUAAUUCGGCUCCGAUCUGGGUUGAACGUCAUAUCUACUUUCACCUCCAUUUUUAUGUUUUCAUCAAAGCCGUCUAUCGCGAUCUGAACUCCAUCUCCAUUCGUUAGUCCAUCUUUCUUCUUCUUACACCAAUCGUCACCACUUCGAUUCUACCUACACACUUCUCCAUCAACGAUCCGCGAUGUAUACUUAAGCGUUUACCACCGUAAUGGCUGCUCGCUGGACCUCAACCCCAGGAAACUGUUUUGACUAAGAGUUCGCCAGAAACGACAGAGCCGUCGGGAUUAAGGUCGCAGGUUGCAGGUUUUCAAAAUGGAGGCUAGAACAUCAAGUGUUAAUGGGUUCUGAGAAUUUAUAUUGUCUUUCCUGGUGUCUAGACAGCCAGAGUGAUGGACUCAAAUUCUGAACAUACUCAUGCCCUUCCUUCUUCAUGUGCGUUAUGUAUGAGAAUCCUGACAUCUGACAAUGACACCAGUGACUUUGAAGCUGUAAACAUGUGUAGUGAUUGCAAGUUCUUGCUCCUAGAAGAUCUUGAUUCGCCCAUGAGAGAUGUGUAUCGGUGGAGGUCAUUUGGGCUAAGAAGAACAAGGUAUAACAGCAGUUCUGAGUCCAUUGAGAAUCUUUUUCCACAACAGUUGCCACAUAUGCUAAACGUGGCAAGGGAAAACCAGGAUAAUAUAUUCACAAGCUCUCGGGCAACCCCCAGUGGAUCUAGGAGGUGGAGGAGGGUGCUCUCUGAUAGUGAAAGUGAUGGAAUUGAGUCAGUCAUUGCAGAGAGUGAAUCAAAUGUCAGCUUUAGUGGCCAUUACAGGGUUAUGCAUGUCGAAAAUGAAACCAUGUCCUAUGCAGGGAGCUCGAGUGCUUCUAUUGAUGAUGAAGGAAGUGAUGUCGACACUGAUACUGAUAUUGAUCCCAUGCAUGCUGGUAUGUACCAUUGGAACUCCGAUGAUCAGGAAGAGGAUGACAACGGAUGGGAAGAAGGUGUAGGAUCUUGGCGAAGGUGGUCAUUGAGUUUGCCUGAGAGCACUUGGAGCAGAGUGGGCAUCCUCUCUGCAGAAUCUGAGGAUGUGGAGUAUCUGGACGGCCAUGAGCUUGAUGAAUUCGCAGAGCAUCUUGCCGAAGCUGAUGGGUUGAGAAGAGGAGCACCUCCAGCAGCAAUCUCUGUCGUUAACAGCUUGCCAUGCGUUGUUAUUAAAGACCGUGACCAGCUCGAUAGUUUGGUUUGUGCAAUAUGCAAGGAUUCACUCGUUGUUGGGACAGUUGUGAAUCAACUGCCUUGUUCUCACCUUUAUCACCCUUGUUGUAUCUUUCCAUGGCUAAGUUCAAGGAACACGUGUCCUCUUUGCCGUUAUGAGCUCCCAUCAGACGAUCAAGACUAUGAGGACAGAAAACGCGUGAAUGAGUUUAUAAGCAGUGAAAUUCAGCCGCAUGAGAUGAACGGAGAUCAUUCCUCAGAUGUGUUGGCAGCUAAUCCCGGCAAUGUGAUUUCUCAUGUUGGAAGAGAGGAAAGAGAAGUAGAUACCAGUACAAAUGGUGGAAUGGUCAGGGGGAGAUGGUAUUUGCUAGCUGUUGCUGCAGCACCUGUUAUAAGUGCUAUCAGCAUUGCCCUUAUGCUGUGGCUGGGCAACCCAAUGACAGAGCCAAGGACGUGCAGACCACCUUCAAAUCAUCCUUCACAUUCGCUAAGAGUGAACAACAGGGGCAGGAAGUGGUGGUAUCCUCUUUAAAAUCUUUGAUUGAUAGGCACAUCCACCAAGUUGGUCUCUUUUUUCCUGCUUAAUAAUUGUUGCUCCCUUGAAAUAAGUUUUCACGUAUAUAUUGUAAUGCUGUGUUAUAAGAGCACAUGCGAAUUUAAGGCACAAGAGAGCUAAUUGCAGAAUAUCUACUUUUUAUUUUUUUUAACGCUGGUGUCCAGGAGGACCUGGACCAUGUUGGCCCGCACAAUCCUAUGGGCAUUGGAGUCAACUAUGAGGUAACUUCGAGUGAUGACCCUGUAGGGAAUUCAAACUAGCAAACUCAUAGAACAGUUAAUCCUGCUAGUCUGUAACAUGUCCCGGAAGGUUCUGUGGACAACAGUUAACCUUUGAUGCACAACAGUUAAUCCUGUUAGUCUGUAACAUGUCCCGGAAGGUUCUGUGGACUGGGGUGUUUGUAACAUGUUUUGAUAUGCAGUAAUCUGUAAUCAUGUUAGGGAUCAUAUCUGUCUUUUUUUUUAGUAGAAGGAAGUGCAUCAAAGAAAAAUUUGCUCAGGUUAUUUUGUUGUCAGGGGCACUACAACUUUUAAAAUUAAUUAAUUUGUUGUUGGAUUUUAA